UAAAUUGUACGUCACUCAGUAAAUCUGCGGCACUCUUUUCCCUGUUGUACCACCCUUGGGCUGACGAGAAAUUAAAUGCACAAGACACCGUUCUCACAAGGAAGUCAGCUCUUCACAACGCCUCGUUUCAUCAUCACCCAGUCUUCAGGUAGCCUUCUCUUCUGUGGAGCGACAGGGCAGAGACAUUGAAAGUGGGGCCGCAGUCUGCCGUUCGGUGUGGUCGGGAAAGCAACAGUGAGCAUCAUGGCGUUGCCAUUCAAAAAGGACCUGGACAAGUACAAGGAUCUGGAUGAAGAUGAGCUCCUUAACAGUUUGUCGGUGGAUGAGCUCAAACAGCUGGAGACGGCCCUGGAGGAGAUGGACCCAGAGAAUGCUCUUCUUCCAGCGGGUUUACGUCAAAAGAACCAAACGACAAAAGGAGCCACAGGAACGUUUGACAGAGAGGGUCUCCUCAAAUACCUGGAGAAAGAAGCCAUGGAGUACAAAGACAGAGAGGACAUUCUCCCUUUCACUGGAGAGAGGAAAGGCAAAGUAUUUAUUCCUAAGCAGAAACCAUUGGAAAUGCAACAGGAGAAUGUCACAACUCUUGACCCAGAAUUGGAGGAAGCCCUGUCCAGUGCCACAGAUACAGAACUCUGUGAUCUUGCAUCAAUCCUGGGUGUUCACACGCUUGUAACCAGCAAUCGAACGUAUGACGGAACUGGAGGAAAAGAGGGCUACAACGAUGUGGUUAAGGGGGAGAAGAUGAUCCCCGUGUUUGAUGAGCCACCCAAUCCCACAAAUGUAGAAGAAACUUUGAAUAAGAUCAAGCGCAACGAUCCCUCCCUAACCGAGGUCAACCUGAACAACAUUAAGAACAUCCCAGUCCCCACUCUCAAAGACUUUGCCAAAGCCAUGGAGAAGAACACCCACGUCACCCAGUUCAGCAUGGCAGCCACACGGAGUAAUGACCCCAUCGCAGUGGCGUUCAGCAACAUGCUGAGGGAAAACAAGACGUUGCGAAGUUUGAACUUGGAGUCCAACUUCAUCACCAGUGCCGGAAUGCAGUCACUGAUUGACGCAUUGCGGGACAAUGACACGCUCACAGAAAUCAAGAUAGACAACCAGAGGCAACAGCUGGGUACCAAUGUAGAGAUGGAAAUAGCUAAAAUGUUGGAAGAGAACAAGAGUAUAGUGAAGUUCGGCUACCACUUCACCAAGCAGGGCCCACGCUCUCGAGCUGCCACCGCCAUCACCAAGAACAAUGACCUGGUCCGCAGGAGACGAGUGGAAGGGGACCAGUAGAGGCGGAGUUCCGCCUCUCUCCCAGCCAAUCAUGUCACUUCAUCUCGCCAUGUGGAAUCACUUCCACCAAUGCCCUGAUCUCAUCUCACUGUGUGGAACAAGUCUUGUGCCAAACUGUGGGGCGAGGCGCAGCAAGAACAUACAUCUGAGAAGAAGAGAAAUAACUGGAAUGAAACGCCCCCCUCCUUCACCCAUAUAUGUGUUUAUCAUUAUUAUUUUUAUGCUGUCAUUGAAGGUGUAAAUCGAGUUAGUUUUUAGUCUUUCCAUUUCAGCUGCUCCCUGGUUUCAGCCUUGAACUAAUCUCUCCUGACUUUUUAUUUUCCUUCUUUUAUAUCGAUAUCACAUGAAAUAAUGGUUAGCAUGACAUAGCAAAAUAGAAAUUAACCUUAACAUUCAGGUUCACCUCAUGGAACACCAGGGUCACACCAGCAGCUCACACAGCAGGACCGCCGCCUGCCUAAAAAAAAUCCUCCACAUCCACCCUGCUGUCCGUCACUAUUUACAAACUUUGUUGUAAACCCAAGUGAAGGCACAUGUAGGCUGAUGCAAACAAAGCAUGUUUAGUUAAGUCAGUGCUGACUUGGUUGCUGCAAUCAACCUACUAAUAAAAUAACUGCUGACUCGUUCCCUCUAGUUACAUACUGUACCCACUCAAAAGUACCAUGGCAUAAUGUUUUAGAUUUCUCCACUGCUAUAUUUUAACAGUGUCGGACAGGAUAGAGAACAGGAUAUUAAUGUCAUUCUGUAGUGAAAAGGUUUAACAGAUGAAGCCAUAAAAUUGUUAAACCAUGCCAAAGACCAACACAUGCAUUGCUUAAUUGUGUCAUUUUAGAGUUUUGUCUUAGACAGUCUCUUUCUCAUGGUGUCAUUUCAUAAACAUUCCUUGUGCGUGUGUAUUUUUGCAAUAUUGGCUUUAUUUUUUAUUUUUGGAAUAGAAUUUGUUUCUUAAAAGGUCAAUAUGAAGUACACAACAAAGGAAGCGAGUGAAAUGACUCCCCUAGUAUUCCCAGAUGUUUUCAAAUCAAGCUACUUCUUGGGUACUUAUUGCACAGUGAUAUAAACCUGAAGUAUUCAAAUUUACUCAACUUUUUCUUAGGUUCUGCGAGAUCACUGAUAGUGUUAAUGAUUUGUCACAAUAAUGAUCAAUGGUUUGAUUAAAUAGGAAAAUGCAACACUAAGUCAGGAGGGAUAAAAGAUGAGGGAAUAAUGGACACAAUAUUUGAAUCAACAGAAUAAUUAGUCUCUUUUCUAUAAAUCAACAUUUUUAAUGAUCAACCCAAGAAAAUCACAAUGUCCAGCAGGAGUGAGCUAUUUUUUUUUUUGUAACAGCCACUAUUGUAGUGACGCCUGCACUAAAAAAAUACUCAUUUGACCCCCCCCCCCCCCCAAAAAAAAGGUUUAUUACCUAUAAAUGCCAGAAAAUGGCAGCAAGUGCUACUUCUAUCAAAAUGAAGCUCCUCAACUCACGCCAACAUAAUUCCUUGGCACUAAGAUAAUGGCAAAGCACAAUUGUCAAAACAAAUGGCACUAAGAUGGCACAAGAUUGGCCUAAUCAUAAAAUCCACAUUUGCAAAUACACAACCUGUGCGGAGCUUCACUGUCUACUGUAUAAAUCGAGCUUUUCAGCCAAGUUAGCCCCACACACUUUCACUUGACACUCAGCAGGUUCUCCCAUCAACAUACCAUUCAUUUCUUAACAUGCUGUGUGCCUCAAGCCAACCUUCUCAAGGUACACUAAUCUGCUAUUCAGAUGUCUCAGAUGAGUUCCUUAGAUUUUGUAAAUACUUUCUUGUCUCAUAGGUCCUCUAUUCUGUCAUAGCAUCUGGUUCAGAUGUUUCUGUUGACCAACAGUUCUUUCAACUUCAAUGCCACAUUACGUCAACAUGAUUUGUAUCUGAGCCUUGUUGGGUUAUUUGCAUGCUCACAUCCUGUAGUCUUUUCACAUAAUGCGUGCAGGUGGACAGUUAAUGUGCAGCUUUGUUGAUAAUCUGUAACUCAUGUAUAUGAAUUGUAAAAUGGCAUCUCAAAUGCGUUGUGUAUGCACUCGCCAAUGUGUGUACAACACAGAUCUGCACAACUACUGUGGCUAUUUUUUGUAUAUUAUGUUAAAAUAACAGGUGCCGACUCGACAUGGUGAAACGGCCUGCUGAAUAUACAUAUAUCUUCAACAAUAAAUGUUUUUACAUUCA